CCUGCAGCUGAGCGGUUUGAUCUGCUGUGUACUUGAAGAUGGUCGUCUCUGGAUGUAGCAGCGACAGCCCAGGUGGAGCUCAUCAUCUAGAUGUAGUGACGACAGUUCAGGCAUAUCACAGUAACUGAGGGGUGUAGGGAGAGAUGACCAGAGAAACAGAGAUCGAAACACCUGAUUCUGGAGCUGUAUUUGCCUUUGGGAAAAAUGAGAUUGCUGACAACGUGCCCAGUAAAUUUUGGCUGAAGAACGACAAACCUGUACACAUUUCGUGUGGACAUUCACACUCAGCCUUCGUGACAGAGCACGGUCGUCUGUUUGUGUUCGGCAGUAACAACAGGGGCCAACUUGGUCUGGAAACAAAAAGCCCUAUAACCAAACCAGUCUAUGUGAGAGCCUUGAAAGGUGAGAGAGUUCAGUUUGCUGCCUGUGGGACCAAUCAUACUAUUGUAAGCACUUCACAGGGUGAGAUAUUUGCAACUGGAAGAAACAGCAAGGGACAACUUGGUUUAGGCCACUGUGAUGACAGAACCUCAUUUGAGCAGCUCCACCCAUUCUGUGAUCGUGUUCCAAUUAAACUGCUGUCUGCUGGAUGCAACACUUCAGCUGCACUGACAGUGGAUGGAAGGCUUUUUCUGUGGGGCGAUAAUUCUGUUGGUCAGCUUGGUUUGGGGUCAGAGAAACAUGCGUUGUUGCCACAAGAGCUGAAAGUGGGCCGUCCCAUUAUAGGUGUCUCAUGCGGAUCCAGUCAUUCAGCUCUAUGCACUGACACUGGGGAUGUGUUUACAUUUGGCGAGACAGCAGACGGUAGACUUGGCCUCUCUGCUGAUCAGCUGGUCAAUCACAGGCAACCACAGCAGGUGGGCACUCUGGAAGGGGUGCUACAGGUAGCCUGUGGAGGCACACAUACUCUAGCCCUAACAGAGAAUAAAUUGUACUCAUUUGGUCGUGGUGAGUUUGGGCAGUUGGGUUUGGGAACAUUUGUCUUUCAGGCAGAUUUACCAGCUGCUGUUGGCCACUUCAGAAAAGGGAGGGUCACUUGUGUUGCCUGUGGAGAAAACCACACUGCCCUCAUCACAGAUAGUGGUCUCCUCUACACAUUUGGAGAUGGUCGUCAUGGGAAAUUAGCCCUUGGAGAUGAAAACUUCACCAAUCAGUUCACUCCAACUGUGUGCCAGCGCUUCCUUGACUACACUGUAAUGACUGUUGCAUGUGGGUCCAGUCACACGCUGGUAUUUGCACACUUACGGCACCAAGAAAGUGAAGAGGUUUGUUUGGAAGAUGAAGAUGUCACCUACUCAUGCCUAGACAGGUGUUAUACCUCAAUGUUGUUGGGACAGACACUUGAGGAUAUCCUUGAACGUACAUCCAAACCUGUUUCACAGCCUUUUAUCUUCCCUGCCUCUCUACCUGCCUCUCAUCGCUGGAGCCUAUCAGCACGUUCUAGACGAAGACAGCGGGGUUCCUUAGAGCAAUUUGGGGCAUGCUUUCGCAAUCUUCCUCCUUUAACAACAGGACUCGUCUCGCUGCCAAUCUCCCAAAACAUCCUUCUUCCCAAACCACCACCAAGAACCUCCAAAAAACAUUCUUAUGGAUGCCCCCCCACAGAUGGAUCCACUGAGUCACUCAGUCAAAAUGGAACUUGUUGCAUCAAUAGUACUGCUUGCACAUCUUCAGGCAAGUCUGUGAACAAGAUUACAGAACACAGACAGGAUUUCAGAGGUCCUCAUGAAUUUAGUCCUUCCAACAAGAAACCCAGGCAGAGAAAAGAGAAGAUGUCAAGAUUGAUCUCUGUAGGACAAGCAAACAUAAGGCCAGACAUUACGCUUUGUGAGGCCUUGCCCACUAAACAUCUGACUGGGUCUAUGUCCUGUAACUCACAAAGAGACUGUUCAUCCCCAGAUAGUGUAAAGCAUAAGAAAUGCAAAACAGAAUGUCCAGAGGCCUACAUUCAUGUAACAGAAACUACCAUUGGUAGCCCAUGGUCAUGCUGUGAACCUGCUUCUAAAACAAGCAUAAAAAAUACGGAGGCUAUCAAAAGUAAAAAAAAAGGAGUCAAGAAUCAACAAACAACGGGCAAGUCAUCUCACUUGAGAAUGAUGGAGAAAAACGCUGAAGAAGCCAAAACUAACAUCAAACUAAAGAUCAAAACUGAAAAACAAGACACAUUUAUUAUAUCCACGGCAGUGUAUGGUCAAGACACUUCUUUGGGAAAAGUUCAACAGGAGCUCAAGUCAAGUCCAGGCAAAGUUCAAAAGCCAGCUGUCAAAAUUCAAAAAGAGGUCAAGUCUACUGUAGCUACAGUUCAUCAAGUAAUAAGAACACCAACAAAAGUUCAAAAUAUGAAAUCUUUGCAUCUCAUAGCACAAGACUCCAAGACCAGUACUACAGAGAGAGGCCCUAAAAAGACCAAAUCUCUUAAUGUACAGUCUAGUGGUGUUAAAUUUCAAGAAGAUCAAUCAGACACUGUGGUAAAUGUUCACAGAGGGGUAACAUCUUCCCUCAGUAAGGUUCAAGAGGUCGAUUCUGCUCCUUUCAGAGUUCAAGAGGUAAAGUUGACCCAAGCCAAUGUGCAAAAACAGGAAACGUCCAUACCUGUGAAAAUUCCAGAAAAACUCUUGGAUUCAAAAAAGAUACAGAGUAGUACUAAAAGAUUCAAAGGCAAGAUAAAGGGCAAAAAGAGAAAGCAAAAUGAGGACAUCCACCAAGAUGAAGGAGGGCAGGAGAAACAAAGUUCAGUUCACCAAAACCCCUUUGCAAUGCGUAGUCCUUUAUCCGCAGUUUCUUUACAUGCCAUAGGAGGGGAGGAGGUUGGAGAACAGGAGUUCAAAAGAAUGUCAGAAAAACUAAAGGGCAAAUGGUUGGAAGGUGACAACACAAGGUUUCAGCUUGAGCACGUAUACCUCGAAAAAGAGUGUACAAGACAGGUCAAAAGUAAAAAAAUUACAAAUGACAGUGUCAAAAUUGUCAGCUCACCCAUUGAGUUCAAUAUGUCAACAUUUAAUAAAAUAGCAGCCUCAGAAAAAAGCCAGGCAGUAACCAGUGGCAUGCCUUUGUCCAAAACCAACAGCUCAUUAUCCAGUAAAACAUCAACUCAAUCCAAACAACAGUCAACGUCCAGCUUAUGGUCAACCCCUGACAAAGAACAGUUAGCAAUCCUUGGAUUACCAAACACAGCAAACAAUCAGUUGCCUUCCAGUAAGUCAUCAAGCACAGCUAAAAGCCAGCCAACAUCAAGUAACUGGUUCACUCCAACAAUUACGCAGUUAGAUGAGAUAGAUAACAGUCAGUCACCAUUAAAAGAAAAGAAAAUGGUUGGCAAAAAAGUGAAUAAAAGCUCAAUAAAACUCUCAGAACAAGCAUUUGUAACAAAGAAUCAAGAGAUGGACAGGAAACCACAAGCCAAACAGAGCCCAACUCUGGAUAAUGUAGUAUCUGUUCUAUCAUCCCUGGCUGUGGUUGGUUCUGUGCCACUUCUAAUUGAAGCAGCAGAACAUGGCAUUAACAAUAAACCCCAAUCUGCUUCCUCUGAAACUUCACAAAUUAGUGGCAUUGCAAAAAAGCCUGAGUCAUCUUCAUAUUCCUCUGUCCCAUUACCCCAAGAAACAAAUGGUGGUGCUGUACUUGGGAAGAGGACAGCAGUGCAAAUCAGGAUUCUUCCAGACCAGAAAGAAGAGAAGAACUGCAUAGAUCUGGACCAGCCAGCAAUUAAUCAAAUCGAGGAAGACAAGAGCAGUACAAACAUAGAAAACUACAGAAGAGGAGGUUAUUCUGAAGCUGGAGAAACAGAACAGAUUUCACAUGGAGAGGAAAAGUCAAAUAGGGAAGAACACCAGUCAGAGGAAUGGGAUAUGAAGGAAAAGAAAAACAAUGAGUUUAGGGAAGAAACUGACAAUUCUUUAGUUGGGACAGAGGAAGAAGAUGGAGAAAGAGAAGGAAGGGGAAACCAGAAUGUAGCUGAAGGGAGUGAGGGAGGGAGAAAUGAAAAAGAGGAGGACAGCUGUGAGGGAGAUAGUGAUGUUAAAGAGGAGGAAGAUGGAGGAGACCAUAGUGGAGAUGAAGAGACUGUGGCAGAGGGUAUAGAAGGGAGGGAAAGUGAAGGAGAGGAGAAAAAUGAAGAACAAAGUGAGGAGGAAGAGAGUGGAUCUGAAGAACAUGAAGAGAAUGACAGUAGUGACAGAGAGACCAGUAAAAGUGAAGAUAAGAACAGAAAAGAGGUGAGUGGAGAUGAAGGGGUUGAAGGAAAGGAGAGUGAAGAAGGAGAAACUGAAGCAGAAAAGAGAGGAAAUGAAGAAAAUGAAGAGGAGGGAGAAAGUGAGUGGGAGAAAGAGGAAGCAAAUGAGAUUGAGGUGGAUAAGGGUGAGAUGAGUGACAGUGCGAAGGAGGACAGAGAGGAACAAGAGAGUGAUGGAAAAGAAGGUGGAGAUGGAGAGAAUGAGAAUGAAGUUGAAGCACAAGAAGAAACAGAAAGUGAGGUAGAAAAGAGUGGGGAUGAACAUGAGGAGGUGAGCAAAGAUGAAGAGACCAUGCAGGGAGAAGGAGAGAGUGAUAGUGAACAGUCAUGGACUGAAGAAGAAAAGGAAGAAGGAAAGAAGGAGUUUGAGAAUGAGGCAUCAGGAGAGGAGGAAGAAAAAGAAGAACAGAGUGAAGAUGAAGAGGAAGGAGAGAGUGAAAAUGAAGAAGAGACAGAAGAGGGGGAAGAGAUUGAAGGAGGAAGUGGUGGAGACGAACAGGCAGUGGAAGGAGAGAACAAGAAUGAGGAGGAGGAGGGGGAUGAAGAGGGGGCAAGUGAAGAUGUUAACGGUGAAGAACAAAGUGACACAGAAGGUGAAGAGGAGGAGAAAGAUGAACAAAAAGAAGAGCAGGAGGAAGAAGAGGUAGAAUCGGAAGAAGCAGAAGAGGAAGCUCAGGAUGAUAAAGGAAGUGAAGAAGAGGAAGAUGAAACUGGAGAGCAAGGGGAAGAGGGGGAAGAGGAAGGAGAUGAGGGAGAAGAAGAAAGUGAAGAAAAAAUGAAGGAAGCAAAAGAGGGUGGAUGUGAAGAUGAGGGCAAGGAUGUUGAAGUUGAGGGUGAGAAAGAAGAGAAUGAGGAAGAAGGGGAGGGAGAAGGUGGAGAUGAGGGCAAAGAGGAGGAGGAGAUAGAAGAAGAAGAAGAAGAAGAAAAAGAAGACAGACAAAGAAUUCAAGGAGUACAAGAGGGGUUUAGCAUUGCAGAGAACUCAAAGAGGGGCAGAGAACUUAAAACAAAAAAAGAAAGAGACAAUGUGGAAAUGGCAGGUGGAGAAGAAGGGAAUAUGGUAGAAAAUGCUGAAGAACACAGUGCUGAAAACAAUGGAAGAGAGAAUAGGGAAAUAGAUGGAGAGGAUCCAAAAUCAGAGAAAGCAGAGUCAGAAGGAAAGGAAGAAAUAGAGAAGAAAGUAAAAAAAAUAGUGAUUAAAGAGGAAAAGCAGAAGAAAGGGAUGGAAGAAAAUGAAGAGGUAAAAAGUAAUAGAAUCCAAAAAGAAGAUGCUGAAGAAGCACAAGAAGAGGAAUGUGAAGAGGAGGAAGAAACAGACUAUGAAGAGAAUAUAAAAGAAAUGAAAAAUAUAGAGGAAGCUGAAAAGGGAGAGGAAGAAAAGAAAGAGUCUGAAGAAUCAGUGGAAGAAGAAGGAGAAGAAGAAGGAGAAGAAGAAGAAGAAGGAGAAGAAGAGGAGGAAGAGGAAGAAGCAGAAGAAGAAACAGAAGAAGGAGAAGAAGAAGAAGAAAAGGAAGUAAUUCACAAGAAGGGAUCUAAAGCAAAACCUAAAGCAGUGCCCCUGGCAAAGCAAGCAGUUAGAGAAAGAAAUAAGAGAGACAAACUAGAUCACCACACAAAGAAGCAAGUACCUUGUGCUUCACAGGACACUCAGUUCUGGAACAAUGUCUUGCCACAGUAUUUGGACCUGAAAUGAUUUCCAUAGUCAUGUAUACAGAAACAUACACUGCUUGGCCAAAAGUAUGCAAAUACCUGAUCACAACUAUAUAAGCUAGUUGGCCACUGUUUGCUGCCGUUAUAAUCUCCACUCUUCUAGGAAGGCUUUCCACAAGACUUUGAGAGUGUGUCUUUAGGAAUUUGUGCCCAUUUAGUCAAAAAUGCAUUUGUGAGGUUGCACUGAUGUUGGACGAGAAGGCCUGCAAUUGAUGUUCCAGUUCAUCCCAAAGGUGUUCAGUGAGGUUGAGGUCAAGGCUGUGUGCGGGCCACUGGAGUUCUUCCACAUCAGACUUGUCAAAUCAUGUCUUUAUGGUUGUCACUUUUGUACUGGGGCACAGUCAUGUUGGAGCAGGAAAGGAGCUUCCCCAAACAGUUACCACAACAUUUGAAGCAUAUAAUUGUCUAAAAUGCCUUUGCAUGCUGUAGCAUUAACGUUACCCUUCACUUGACCUAAGGGGCCUUACCCAAACCUGGAAAGACAGCCCUAAUCAUAAUCUCUCUACCACCAAAUUUUAAUCAAUUUUAGCACUACGCCUUCCAGUAGGUACUGUUCUCCUGACAUUCACCAAACCCAGAUUCUUCCAUCAGGCUGCCAGAUAGUGAAACAUGAUUCAUCACUACAGAGAACACAUUUCCACUGCUCCAGAGUCCAGUGGCAGUGUACGGUCUCAAAUGAACACUGAGAAAUGCUGAAGUCUUAAAAGAUAACUUUAUGUAGCCUGUUGAUUUCUUCUUUUGAACUGCUGAAACCAAAUGUUCUGUAUGUUAAGGAGCACCCCUUGCAGCCACAGGCAUUCUUUUGCUCCAGAGAAGCCACAUGAGCCUAAGGUCACCAUGCUAAAAUCCAAGCAUUGGCUAUAGGGCUUUAAAGCUUCCCAUCAUUUGCUGGUAGAGCAGGUUAAUUGUGUUCUCUGGAGUGAUGCCUCAUCAAAUAGCUUUGUGAUGAGUUGGAGAGUUGAAGAGCUGAGUUGGAGACCUAAUCAUCCAACAUCAGUACCUGACCAGCUCUGAAUGCAUUCAAAUCUUCACAGCAGGGUUCCAACACCUAGUGUAAAGCCUUCUCAGAAGAGUAGAGGCUGUUGCUGCAGCAAAGGGCUCCUGUUGAUAAUCUUGUGUUCAGAAGAGGUGUUGGAUGAGCAGGAGUCAUACAUGACAUCCUGCACUAUGCCACUCCCCAAAACUGGAACAUCAGUCUGAAAGAUGUCAAUCAAACAGAAAAAAGCAAAAGGGGCAAUACCAGAUCAGUUACAAGUUCAAAUAACAUUAUAGAAUAUGUCCUAGGACGUAACAGUUGUCCUUCAUCAGUGGUCACAGGAUGCUGCCCACAGGACACUGGUGGCUAGAUAUUUUUGUUGGUGGAUGAUUCUUAGUCCAGCAGUGACAUUGAGGUGUUUAAAAUAAGAAGAAUGAUCCACAAUCCAAAUAAUGCCUGAUCUCUGGUGGUUGUCAGGACCAAGGGCAGUCCCCUUCAACCCCAGGCCUCCAACAUAAUAUUAUGAAAAAAAAGAUUUUUUUAAUACUGGCUAAACACUUUCACUAAUAACAGCUCUAAGUCUAAGUUCUAACUGUUCUAAUUCUAAGUUCUCAAAAGAUGUCAAAAAGAAAAGAGUCUUCAGACACUGAGUUCAUGGAAAGAGGGAAAAAGGCUUCUUCUUUUGAUAUUAGCUUAUUCUCUAAUAGGUGCAUCUUCAUCCAUCAAUUUGGCCAUAGCAUAUUGCGCUCACUCUUAAAAACUGGUUUUAGCUGGUUUUUACCAGUCUGCUUUACCUUUCAAAAUCAACUUGUCUCUCUUCACUGGGUCAGUAAGUACACACAGGCUUGUCCGUAAACCCAGGUGCUUUCCGAUCUCUAUUUUUUAUGCAGACACACCAAGGCCUACCCUUUGUGAGAGAAUUAAUAUUCUCUGUUAGCCAAUACUAGCUAUUCGGUUAUUGAUUACAAUAUCAAAUCUAUUUGAUUACUGAUUAAGGGAAUAUUUAUUCAAAAUCUCCAUCAUGGUCCUGUGAGCAUCCUGACCACCAGGGUAAAGAGGGCUAACAAAAUAUGCAGAGAAACAGAUGGACUACAGUCUGUAUCUGCAGAACUACAAAGUGCACCUGUAUGAUAAGUGGAGCUGAUAAAAUGGACAGUGAUCAUAGAUACAUGUUAGGUUUACCUAAAAAAAGUGCUCAGUGAGGGUAUAGUGUACCAUAAAAUGAACUUGGAACUAACAUGGAUCAUUGGUCUUUUUAAACAAUUAUUUGAUGUUUUGUUAGCACAGUGCAAAGUGUUGCAAAGUGCCUUGGCCAAAAAUUCAGAAAUAACAUUUUCCAGUUCCAGUAUUUUGUAGGACAGUAUAAUCAUCAUGGGAUAAACUACCUUUUAGCUAAAGUGCACAAUUUCUAUGUGCGUCAUUGUUGUAUGUUUAUACUAUGUAUUUUAUUUAGGGUAUGUACUUUGUGAGGCAGAAGAUGAUUUAAAUUAAAGGGAGUAAUAAACCACUUUUUAUGUUAUCCUUCAAUAACCUUAUACACUGUUAUUACCACAUACCAGCUACCACAUACUGUUCUGAUUACUGUUAUUAAACAUUAAUUGAAGUUAUGGAUAUCACCUUAAUGCAGUAGUAAAAAUAGGUCUUGAUAAUGUGUUUUUGUUUGGAAAGAGGUGAAGGAAGAUGGAUAGAAUACCCUAAAACUAUCUCAGUAAAAGUGUUAAUGAAAUAAUAACUCAAGUAGUUAAAGUAGCUACCAAAAAAUAGUGUGAGUAGGGCUAAAGCCAGUUCCUCACGAUACACACAUAAUUACAUAAUUUAGAGAUUAGUUUCAUAGUAGUUGCCAAAUAAUUAGGGUUGUAUUGAUUCACAAAAAAUGUGGAAACAGCAAAAAUAAGGAGUGCCUGAAAAUGUGCCUUAUGUUAACAUGUUAAUGUUUCUAUUUUCUGUUCAUUACAGGAUUCAAUAUUGUAAAAAUACAGUAUUUUAAAAUAAUGUCCUAGGCGUAUACUAAUAUUUUAGACGCUUUCCUCCCCAAUCUAAAGGGCUUGCUUGUU